ACGGCAAUACCCUCCAUUGUCUCUCUCUCUCUCUCUCUCUUUCUCUCGAAAUUUUGGAUCUUUUUCUUUACCAAAUUUGCAAUAAUAUGCACCAAGCAAUUCCGUACCGGACGUGGAUUCCUGCCGCUGCCUCCUCCUCCUGCAAGGCGCACGAGCCUUCCGGUGAUGGGGUUGAGAAAUUAGUGUCCAAAAACGCCGUUGUGGUUCUAGCGAGGCGCGGGUGUUGUAUGAGCCAUGUUUUGAAACUGUUGUUGUUGGGCCACGGUGCCAACCCGGCCGUGGUCGUGGUUGGUGAAGAAGAUGAAGUCGAUACUGCCGGGGAGAUUGGAAAAUUUGCCUCCGGCGGUGGAGAUGGAAGAGUGCAGUUUCCGGUGGUGUUUAUUGGAGGGAAGAUGUUUGGUGGGUUGGAAAAAGUGAUGGCGGCUCAUAUUUCCGGUGAAUUGGUACCGGCGUUAAAAGAUGCCGGUGCUUUGUGGCUUUGAGGCUUUGAUUUUGUAUAAAUUAAAAAAACGAAUUAAAUCUAGUAAAGUAUAUUGCUGAUCUUGAAUUCUCUGUCAUCGUUGGUUUAAAUUAAAUUAAAUUUCCGAUCUCAGAUACGCCCUCCGAGUGGAUGCAGAAGAGAAUUUUUGAAAGUAUAUAUCGGUGAUGAAAUUUUCUUUGAAAUUUGAUCCCUAGAGGCAGAUUUGGUAGCUGAGAUUUUAAAAUAUAUAUUGUAAAUUGUUUGAUAUGUUUUCAUUUAAUAAUUAUUAAUAGCCCACGAAACUAUUUUCUUUAAUCACUA